AUGCUCCCACCCUCGCUCUCCGCCUUGCUGACCACGGCUGUCGUGGCCUGGUCUGCCUCGAUAGCCUCGGCCCUUCCUCAAGCUGGCACGGCCGGAACCUCGACGUCUUCAGCAGCCGCCGCCGCCACUUCCGCAUCUUCUUCGUCGACAGCUUGCAACAACUCGCCAUCGCUGUGCAACAGGGCGUACAACAAUGUCACUCACAUGGGUGCGCACAACGCCGCCUUCCUUCGCGAUGAGACCACGGGCUUCUCCGUCUCCGGCAACCAGUUUUUCAACGCUACCGUCGCCCUCGACUCGGGCCUGCGUCUUCUCCAGUCUCAGGUUCACUUUCAGAACAACACGCUCCGCCUCUGCCAUUCCAGCUGCAGUCUCCUGGAUGCCGGUCUUCUCGAGGACUGGCUGCGGCCCAUCAAAACCUGGAUGGAUGCCCACCCCAACGAAGUCGUCACCCUGAUUCUCGUCAACUCGGACGACAGGGACGCCGCUACCUAUGCCUCGGCCUUUGAAGCCUCCGGCAUCUCGUCUCUCGCCUACGCUCCCGAGACGCCCGGCGCCACCUCCACCUGGCCCACGUUGCAGUCUCUCAUCGACGCCAACACGCGCCUCGUCACCUUUGUCACCAACAUGGACGCCUCCACCCAGCACCCCUACCUCCUGCCCGAGUUCACCUACGUCUUCGAGACGGCCUUCCAGGUCACAGCCCCCACGGGCUUCAACUGCUCUCUCGACCGCCCGACGACCAUUUCCUCGGCCGCGGCCGCCAUGGGCUCCGGCCUCUUGCCGCUGAUGAACCACUUUAUGUAUGAGGCCGUGUCCAGCAGCAUCCUAAUCCCCGCCGAGGGCCUCAUCGACUCCACCAACAGUCCCAGCACGAGCGGCGUCUCCGGCGCACUCGGCGCCCACGCGCAGACGUGCCGCAGCGACUGGGGCGUCGCGCCCACCUUUGUCCUCGUCGACUUUUAUGACAAGGGCCCCGCGCUCCAGACGGCCGAUCAGCUGAACGGCGUCUCGAACCCCGUCGGCCGUGGCGACAUACCCGCCUCCACGAAGAGCGCGGCCAGGCCCACCGUCCCGCCGAGGAUGGGCAUGGAGACGGUAGCUCUGGUGACGUUCAUGGCAGCCGCCGUCUUUCUUUUCUGA